AUUGAUGUCAUUGUUGUUGCAUAGGACAGAGAGAAAUGGAGAGAGGAGGGACAGAAAGAAAUGGAGAAAGACAGACACCUGCAGACCUGCUUCACCACCUGUGAAGUGACUCCCCUGCAGCACUUCCCAGAAGCAAUAAGGAAAUUCAGUCCAGCUCUGCAACCUUGUCCAGCCAUGCAGUUUCAAGAAGAUGGAGACAAUCACAUUCCUUUUGCCAAGUGUUCCAGGGUGGUUAGCCGAUCUCCACCCCACAGCUUGCCUUCCCAGAGCCGCAGAAUGACACCCCAGCAUUAUGGAGACUGUUUCUGGGAAAAUCUUAGCCAAAGGCCGAGCCCUGCCUGGAUGGAGGAACAGUACAUCCCCCCCUGGCUGCCUGGUGUGUAUCGUCCCGAGGGCCUCCCACCCCCUGAGAUGCUUUGCAGAAGGAAGAGGAGGAGAUCACAUUUGUCUGCAGUGCAGCAGGCACAUGGGGGCAUCCCAGCCCGGGUAAGGGCUGUCACCUAUCACCUGGAGGAUCUCCGGAGAAGACAGAGAAAUGUCAAUGAACUGAAGAAAACCCAGUGGGGCAGUUCUGGGCCUGCAUCUGAGCCCCUGGUACUUGGUAAAGAUGGCUGUGGAUCCCCCAGCACCAGCCAGUACUCCCAUCUGGAAGAGGAGAGAGCAACCACGAAAGAGGACUAUUCUCUCCCUCCUGGCAGGGCACAGCUGCUUUGGUCACCCUGGAGUCCUCUGGGCCAGGAGGGUUCUUGUGUCUCUGGGCAGCUGAGCUCUCUGGCUCCCUACAGCACUGUCACAGCCUAUAGGAACUGCCUUUACAACCCCGGGGGGAUGGAGCUGCAGCCUGAAGAGUAAGGAAACCACUGGACCCAAGAGCCUAGCACUGGCCCAGGAACCCAAGUCAAGUUCUCAUCAUUGGAUUCUCCUUCUAGCAUGUCAUUUCCUUAAACUUAACUUUUCUUGUCCUCUAAAGUAGGCAUUAAGAGGCCUUUUCGACCCACCCCUUCCACAGGAAUUCCCCAAAUCCUGUUGUCCCACGGGCCCCCCUGCCUGGCAUUGCAUUGUCCUCUGUUCUGUUAUUAA